UGGACUCCAACACAAUGACGCCAUCAAAACUCGGCAGCUCUUGUGAAGGACGAACGUGGUAUCGGAGAUCAGACACAGAGCCAGAGCCAGCGCCAUGCCCAGGGGAAGCCGAAGCAGGACCUCCCGGGUGGCCCCUCCAGCCAGCCGGGCACCUGUAAUGAGGUCAGCACCACCUCCUGCAGCUCGUCCACCUGCCCCUGUAGCUGCAGCUCCUUCAGCAGUUGGGCCCGUAGGAGCACCCAGGCAACCAGGUCUGAUGGCACAGAUGGCUACCACAGCUGCUGGAGUGGCAGUGGGCUCUGCCGUGGGACACACACUUGGACAUGCCAUUACAGGAGGUUUUGGUGGAGGAAGCAGUUCAGAGCCAGCAAGGAACGACAUCACUUAUCAAGAACCAGCUACUUCACAGCCAGUGUAUCAGCAGCAGCAGCAGCCCCAGUAUACACCCUGCCAGUAUGAGCUCAAGCAAUUCUUAGAGUGUGCUCAGAACCAGAGUGAUCUGAAACUAUGUGAAGGCUUCGGAGAGGUGCUGAAACAAUGCCGCUUUGCAAAUGGCUUAUAAGUGCAUUUGCUAGGAGAUAACAGGAUACUCGCAUUGAGGAGGAGAAGCUUCGGAAUCAACGCUUCUGAAUAGAUUUCCUUUAAAACCAUUGGCAAUUAGUAGUGAUUAUGCCUAUUGAUACAGGAGAAAAUGACGGGUAGCGUUUGCACGCAUGCAACUGACGCACAACUGAAAAACAGUGUUUUAGAGAGAAAGAUCUGUUUCACAGGAUAUAUGUAUGUCACUAGGCUGUCUUUCUUUUGUUUGUUUUUUAUUUAAAUAAAUUCUUUUCCAAACUUUU